CCCAGAUUCAGGAGUCCUCAAAGUCCGGGAUCAUGAUAAGUACGCUCCGGAGGACCGAAUCUUCGACCAUUCUUCGUUUGCUAGUCGACAACCAUCAUCUGCUCGCUGCUCGACACGACGACAACGACUAGUUCGCAUCACCGAACAUGGCUGAGACCGAGUUCGACCCGACUACUCAUCCGCAUCGUCGAUUGAACCCCCUCACGGGCGAGCACGUCCUUGUGUCGCCGCAUCGCACCAAGCGACCCUGGCUGGGUCAAACGGAGCCGCCGCAGGCGCUGGAUCUGCCUCAGUACGACCCGAAGUGCUACCUCUGUCCAGGCAACACCCGCGCGGGCGGGGCGAAGAAUGAGGCUUACGAGCACACCACGGUCUUUGAGAACGACUACGCUGCGGUACUCCCACCGCCCGGACCGGCUGCGCCCCCUGCUCCGCACCCGCUGCUCACGACGGAGCCCGUCCAGGGCGGAUGCGACGUCCUGUGCUUCCACCCGAGGCACGACCUGACCCUCGCACGCCUGCCUGUCCCCGAUAUCGAGCGCAUCGUCGAGGAGUGGUGUGCGAUCUACAGCAAGCGCGGUAGCCAAGAGGGCAUCCAGUAUGUCCAGAUCUUCGAGAACAAGGGGGCGAUGAUGGGAUGCUCGAACCCGCAUCCUCACGGACAGGUGUGGUCGCUCUCAGACGUGCCGUCGCUCCCCGGGACCGAGCUCGCGAGUCUCAAGCGCUACGCCCUCAGCAAUGCCCCUUCGUCCUCGGCUCCCAAAGGCCCGGAAGGGAAGGCGUGUUUGUUAUGCGAGUACGCACACUUCGAGGUCGGCAACGAGCACUGGGUCGCUCUCGUCCCGUGGUGGGCGGUCUGGCCAUUCGAGAUCAUGCGUCAGUGCCUCCCACUCUCACCGACGGCCUUCGCGUCGAUCCUCUCGCAGAUCACGAAGCGCUACGACAACCUGUUCUCGUGCUCGUUCGCGUACUCGAUGGGCAUCCACCAGCGCCCCGUGCCUCGUAAGGCGGGCGACGGCGAGGAUGUGGACGUCGCACAUCUGCACCUGCACUUCAACCCGCCGCUCCUGCGUAGCGCGAGCGUGCGCAAGUUCCUCGUAGGAUUCGAGCUCAUGGCGGAGCCGCAGCGCGACCUCACCCCGGAGCAGGCAGCUGGCCGUCUGCGUGGCUGCUCCGAAGUGCACUACCUGGAUGUCGCGGAGAAUGCCCCGAAGACUGCCGAGAACCCUACCUCGAAGGAUGCGGACCCGACCAACAGCUGAGUGAGGUAUAGACGAACGGAAGGAUAGACGAAUUGACGAAGUAGCAAGUGAUGUACAAAGACAAAUCGUAGAG